CUUCGGCGUCGACAGCUUUUUGGCACUUUGCGAUCUGCAAACGGGCUCACAUUCGUAAAUUGCACGACAUUCCUUGCUGCAGACACAGUCGAUACCUGUUAUUCUGGUCGUGUUCGAUAUGAUAUAGCUAAUUGCGCUCCGACUCCAUCGACCUGGCAUUGAUUCUUCCGCCGUUCCCGGACCUCCCAAACUCCCAUACGUUGUCACCUUUCUCCAGCCCUCCCUCUCGAGCAAAUGCCCUCAUCACCCUCACGCCCCAACGGCGUGCUUAAGGACGGCACCGCCAGAGACGCACACGAACUGCAAGAUGUUGCGCCCAAGCCGCCGCUGCCCGUCGAGGAAGACAUCAUGCAGCUCGCCCGGCUCGGGGAGAUUGGCGCCAUCCAGCGACUCUUCGACAGUGGCAAGUACGACGCUACGUACGCCGACGAGCAGGGCAUCACACCGCUGCACUGGGCCGCGAUCAACAACCAUUACGCUCUAUGUCACUUCUUGAUCAAGUCAGGCGCGAACGUCAACGCAAAAGGUGGAGAUGCGGUGGCAACCCCCGUGUUGUGGGCAGCUAAGAAAUGUCACUACUACGUGGUGAAUCUGCUGCUGGAGAACGGUGCAGAUCCGCUGCUCACGGACGAUCAGGGUUUCAACCUCCUGCACAGCGCGACUUUGGACGGCAACGUAUUUCAGAUCGCUCUGUUGCUGCACCAGGAUAUCCCCAUAGACAUCCAGGACGCUCAGGGCCAUACCAGCUUGAUGUGGGCGGCAUACAAAGGCUACGGUGCGGUCAUAGAUCUGCUAUUACGGUGGGGGGCAAGUGUGUACGCUCGCGACGACCUGGGCUUCACGGCGCUUCACUGGGCAUUAGUGAAAGGCAAUCAGCACUGCAUAUUCAAGCUUGUCGAGUACGGAAGCGACCGCUUUGCCGAGAACAAUGAGGGCAAGACGCCGGCCGUCGUCGCGAAAGAGAUGGGCAGCACAAAGCAAUGGAAAAUUGCGCUGCACGAGUGCGGUUACAACUCCGACGGCUCACCCAGAAAGUUUCCCUUGGAGAUGGUCGUCAAGGACAAGCGGACUUUUUACAACCGUGCGUAUUUCUUGUGGCCGUUCUUUGUGGGAUUUUGCUUUUUAUACAUACUCAGCCACAUGGUCGUGUAUCUCGCAGUGCCGAUCAGCGUCCUUUUUGUGUAUUUGAUGCAGCUUGGAGCAAACUGGGCACUGAGAUGGGCGCCCACUGAUAUGAAGACGAUGCACAAGGUGCCCUUUUUAGCUGGCGUCUUCGCCGGUUCACUUUUUUGGCUAGGUUUGCGGUGGCUAACAAAAGUUUUACCAUGGUCUUUCUGGUCGCAUCCUUUUCUCAAUGUUCUUUUUGGCAUCUUAUACGGCUUCGUCACAUACUUCUACGCCAAAGCUAUGCGUAUGGAUCCCGGCUUCGUGCCCAAACCUAGCACCCGCGCCGCUCAAAAGACGAUUAUAGACGAGCUUCUAGACAAACGGAUAUUUGACGAAAGAAACUUCUGCGUGACCUGCAUGACGAGGCGGCCGUUGAGGAGUAAACACUGCAAGAAGUGCCAAAGAUGCGUGGCAAAACAGGAUCACCACUGCCCGUGGGUGGACAAUUGCGUGGCUGUCAAUAACCAUAGGCAAUUCGUAUACUACGUCUUGACGAUGGAGCUGGGGAUUUUGGUUUGGGAUUGGCUCGUGUACAAUUAUCUAGACCUGAUUCCGCAUCCCACGGAUGCAACAUGCAACAUCAUCUCCCCGACCUUGUGCGCUACCCUCAACUCAGAUCCUUUCACCAUAGUCCUCAGCAUCUGGACUAACGUCCAACUUGUCUGGGUCUCUAUGCUUUUGAUCGUUCAAAUUGUGCAAAUAACACGCGGCCUUACGACGUACGAAGCCAUGUCCACUCACAAGCACCCCAGUGCUGCCGAAACGUUCAUCGCCACUGGCUCCACCAGCCUCGAAGGUGGAGGAAUCACUGCGACGGGCCGUGGCCCCGAUCCUGCAGCUGCCGCCCGCGCACAUGCCCACAAGAAGGGAUGCUUGAGCCAGUGGAUGACCAUGUUUGGCGUGGAUGUGUUCCUGAAGACGACGCAAAGCGAUAAUAGCAUAGAGAAGCGCAACCCAUUCUCGCGGGGAUGGGUCCGUAAUUUCAAGGACUUCUUUUGUGACGAGACGAGCGUGUUCAAGCCGAGACCGAGUGGUGAGGCUUUGCUGGGGGGCGAAAAGGUCGACUAUACGACGAUGUACGACAUACCGACGGCUGGCGGAAUUAGGAGACGGGGAGGAAUGGAGUAUGCUGCUGUGGCAACGGCGGAUGAGGAUGAAGAAAUUGUAUGAUUAUGGGCAUAAUGAAUGCAUCAGCUUUAUUUCUCCUUA